AUGCCGCUCAUACGCGAUAUCGCAGAUGUGAAUGGAGAUGCUAAGAACCCCACGAAUGGAGCUUCUACGCGUGACGGUGCCUCUGACGAAGGCGAAGUUCUGGAUAUGCUUAUCGUUGGAGCUGGGUUCGCUGCUGUCUACUUGAUGCAUCAAUUGAGACAACGAGGCUUCAAAGCGAAAAUUGUCGAGGCAGGCUCAGACUUAGGAGGUAUUUGGUACUGGAAUCGAUACCCUGGUGCACGAGUCGACAGUCAGUACCCUGUCUAUGCUCUCUCGAUCCCAGAGGUCUACAAUGAUUGGACGUGGUCUUCGCACUAUCCAGACCACGCCGAGCUGCGUGAAUACUUCCAGCACGUCGAAGACCGUCUCCACAUCAAGAAAGAUUGCGUGUUCAAUAGUAAAGUGGUCUCAGCCGGAUGGGAUGAUAGCAGCUGCUUAUGGACCAUCACCUGUCAUACUGGGAUGGUGUUCAAGACAAAGUUCUGGACGGCGUGUACUGGGUUCGCAGCAAAGAGGUACAUCCCAGACUGGAAAGGUAUAGAAGAUUUUCGAGGCGUUAUUCAUCAUUCGAGUUUCUGGCCCAAAGAGGGUGUCGAUGUUAGGGGCAAACGGGUCGCGGUUAUCGGAACAGGAGCAACUGGGGUUCAAAUCACUCAGGAGGUACAAAUUGGGGAAGAUGGCCACCUUGAGAUGUGGCAGCGAACGCCGAAUUUUGCAUGUCCAAUGAACCAACAAUUCCUGACAAAAGAGGAGCAGGCGAAAUUACGAGAUGGCCUUGCUGCACGAUUCGCGGAGCGCAAUAACUAUUACAACGGGUUUUUGUAUCAGUGGCGCGAAAACUUGACCUUCGACGACAGCGAUGAGAAGAGGGACGAAUUUUACUGGCAGCUAUGGAAGAUGGGUGGCUUUCGCUUCUUGAUGAACAACUACUACGACAUGACGCGUAAUGCCGACGCCAACCAGAUAGCAUACAAUUUCUGGCGAGAUCGGGUCAGAGAGCGUGUGCGUGAUCCAAGAAAGCAAGAACUACUCGCACCUUGGGAGCGUCCGCAUCUCUUUGGAGGCAAACGACUAUCCCUGGAGCAGGACUUCUAUGAUCAUUUUAACAAGCCGAAUGUCGAUGUCGUUGACGUCCGUAAUAAUCCAAUCAAGUGCUUUGUGUCAGACGGUAUAAUUCAGGAAGACGGUACAUACCAUAAACUAGAUGUUGUCGCUCUUGCAACAGGUUUCGAUUCCAUUACUGGUGGUUUGAAAGACAUCAAGAUUACUGGUGUGGAUGGCGAAGUAUUGACCGAUAAAUGGGCUAAAGGCACGUGGACGUAUUUGGGUAUAUCGACCGCGAGGUUUCCUAACUUCUUCUUCACAUACGGCCCUCAAGCACCAACCGCAUUCUCGAACGGUCCAUCAUGCAUUGAGAUUCAAGGUGAUUGGAUAACGAGUGUUCUUAGUGAUAUGAGAGGCAAGGGAUUGAAGAAGAUCGACGCGAAGAGAAAGGCGGAGGAAGACUGGAGAGCUCUCGUCUUUGAGCUUAUCAAUGACACACCUCGUGGUAAGGUAGAUUCAUGGUACAACGGGGCCAAUAUACCAGGCAAGCCACGCGAGCAUCUAAAUUAUGCCGGUGGCAUUCCCAGGUAUAAGAAGACACUCGAGAAGGUCAGGCAAGACGGAUAUGAGGGGUUUGUGGUUUCAUGA